CUUUCUCUCAACCACCAUUUCCAAGGACAGAAUCUAAAUUAUUCUAAACACCAUUCGAGGGGGCUAGUGCUGCACAAAUGGGGAAACUGAGGUAGCACAGAGAACAAAGGAUGGGGGGGGCAUCAAAUUCCUCACUUAAUCGCUCCCUUAGCAGCCCCUUCCUGGAAAGUGCUUGGGUAUCUUCGUAAGCCGCCGUUUCUUGACAGAAGGGCCAGGGUUCGAACCGCAGACCUGCCUCUACUCUAUGUAGGGUCCCUCUGUCUCUCCCGGCCUCUUUGAUCUGCUCAGUGCAAUGCGGCCGGCCGAGACGCCCUCUCUCCGGCCGGGAUCUGAGGCCUCGGAGACCACCGCGCGACUCCGCCCCGUUGGCCGCCAUUCACGCCCUCUACGGUUCUCCAUUGGCCGGACGCGCUGCUGCCCCACCCCCACAGCGUUGUAGCGAGCUAAUCAUUUUCUCGGGACUGAUAGCGUUGGCGGCGCGGCCCCUCCCCUGGGGCGGGAGCAAAGCAGCGGCAUAUGCGGAUUGGUUGAGAGGCGGGGGGGCGGGGAGAGGCAGUGGCACAUGAGGAUUGGCUGGAGCGGGGGGUGGGGGGAGGAGGUGGCGAGCAUGAUGAGUGUCAAUUGGACGGCUCGGCCCUAAGUGGGCGGAACGCGGACGCUGCAGGGGGCGGGCCACGUGUCCAGCCCUAAAGAAACGGUGACCCGCCCCAGGAAGCCCGGGAGAGGCCUCAGCAGUGGCUGUCCGAGCGCCGAGGGGUGAGGGUGCCCCUGGCCUCACCUGCGGAGGGGCCGUUCCAGGCCCGAACCCGGCACCUUCCGGAAAAUGGCAGCUGCCAGGCCCAGCCUAGGCCGAGUCCUCCCAGGAUCCUCUAUCCUGUUCCUCUGUGACAUGCAGGAGAAAUUUCGCCACAAAAUCGCCUACUUCCCACAGAUCGUCUCGGUGGCUGCCCGCAUGCUCAGGAACACAAGCCUGGACCUGCUGGCCCGGGGACUGCAGGUGCAUGUGGUGGUGGACGCCUGCUCCUCACGCAGCCAGGUGGACCGGCUGGUGGCGCUGGCCCGCAUGCGACAAAGUGGUGCCUUCCUCUCCACCAGCGAAGGCCUCAUUCUGCAGCUUGUGGGUGAUGCUGCCAACCCCCAGUUCAAGGAGAUCCAGAAGCUCAUCAAGGAGCCCGCCCCAGACAGCGGACUGCUGGGCUUCUUCCAAGGCCAGAACCCUCUCCUCCACUGAACUCCAUCCCUGCCUUGAGGGAAGACCACCCUCCUGACUCCCGGACCUCAGUGGAAGCGCUUUCCCCCAUCCCUGGAUCCCUAGAGUGGUGCGGUCCACCAGGAGUGCCGCCCCCUUGGGAGACGGGGGCAGGGUGCUGGCUUUCUAUUGGACAGCCGCUCCCGGAAAUGCAAAUGAGACUCCUGGGAGCUGGGCGGGAAUUGGCUGAGCCGAGAUGGAGGCGGGGCUCGGCCCCGGGCCACUUCACGGGGCGGGAAGGGGAGGGGAAGGAGAGUCUCAGGCUGUGGGACUCGGACUCGCAGAAUAAACACUUAUGUGGC